UCGUGCGGUUCGUUGUGUAAUAUAUUCAAAUAAGUUAUAUUGUAUACCCUGAGCAGCUGAAAAGUGGAUAGUGCAGGGUCGUUGGAGUGAGGUGUCUCGCUAUGCUAGAUGAUCUAUGCGUGCAUACUAGAACAAGGGAUAGUAACGUUGUUUUUUUUAAAUAUUAAUACCUGGUUUUAUGGCUAGCCUAGCUUAGUUAGCUAGAUUGAUAGGGAUGUGUUCUGAUGUAUUUCAUAUCGUUAUGUAACAUGUAUGUAACAUCUAACAGGACCUAGAAAUGUAUAUUUAACGUGAACCGAGGGCAAGUUGGACCAUCCGAUACAAAGAAUAUGCCACAUACAAGAUGAUUUUUUAUUGGACAGUCCUCACGCAUACGUCCAGUCUCUCACCCUGCAAGAGAAGAGAGUGAGCGAGUGAGUGAAAGACAAGAAGGAGACGGGUGAAGAAAUGGCGGAGCGGAGAGCGGGUCGCGGGGCCGUUCUGCAGAACGGGACGGGGCGGCAUAGCCAAUCGGAGAGAGACGAGGACUCGACUGACGAAGAGGAGAUGGAGUCCCACCCGGGAGCGUCUUCGGGGAUCUCUGAGGAGGAUGACGACCCGGCUCAGAGGCGGCUCAUUCGACACAAGUACCGGGAGCUCAUCAACGACAUGCAGCAAAAUAGAGAGGAUAUGCUAAGUCCCGCAAGCAACAAACUGACUGAGGCUUUAAAGCAGGCUAACCAGCUGUUUGCCAAUGUCCGGCAGGCCCAGGAGGCAGUGCUGGAUUCCCAGUUCCUGGUUCUGGCCACUGACCUGGGCAAGGAGAAGGCCAGCCAGCUGGUGGCCAACGGCUCGACCUUUGACCCCACGGCCUACGCUGAGCACCUGCUCACGUUCAUGGGUCUGAACUGGCUGGAGGGGGAGGACAGCGAUGAAGAGGAAUCUCGGGGUUUCCUACCCCAGGACGCCUGGCAGAAACUGGGCUUAAAGGCACAGGAAUGCUUCAGGACCGCACCCUCUUUCCACUUCAUACUGGGCUCAUUUAUGGCAGAGCCCCCGCCGCCACGGCAACGUGUGGAGAGACAGAGGAAGGCCCCGAACAAGGAGGUCAAGAGAAUAAUGCCCACUCAGGUUAAAAAAAUGGAUGAAUCGCACCAGGAAGCAACCGAAAAAGAGGUGGAGAGGAUUCUGGGAUAUCUGCAGCAGUACCAGAAAGAGGACCCUAAUACGCCGAUUUCAUAUUUUGAGUUCGUCAUCGACCCCAGAUCGUUUUCCAGGACGGUGGAGAACAUCUUCCACGUCUCGUUCCUGAUCAGAGACAGCCUGGCCAGGAUCUACCUGGACACCGAUAAGCUUCCCUACAUUGCUCCAGUGGAGCAGAGAGAAGCUGAAGCAGAAGGAGGUUCCAGUCGCCAGCAGUGUGUGAUAUCCCUCAGCCAAGCCAACUGGAAGGAAAUGGUCCAAGCCUUCGAUAUUAAGGAGGCCAUGAUCAGCGCUCCUCUCCCAUGCACCCCAAUGGAGUGACACCACGCAGGCAUGGGAGGAGAGCUUUUACACUUUAUUUAUAAAAACUCAAUCUUUUAGCACCUUUUAUAAGUGCCUCCUCAUGGGACGGGCUACGCACCGGACAUGCCCACACCGGGGACACUGCGUUCCCGCUUCGCUGGUGGAACAGGCCGGUCGGCUGGAGGAACUGCUGGGAAGGCGCACAGUCUUUGGAACGUGUCACGUAUUUUGGGAACGAGCCUAAAGCCUUUCUGAUAGCCCUUCAUUUUAUCCUCAUUCUAACCUGGAGCUAAACUACUACCUUUUAUAUUUCAGCUGUCGUACCGCUCUUGUUGGAAACGGUUUUAAAUAUUUCAUUUUCUUCUUUUUUUUGUUGACAUCUUGUUGAUGAUGUUGGUAAUGUUUAAUUAAAGAAUAAAAUCAG